UAAACGCGAGAAUCACAUCCACAAAAAUUGGAUCUUUCUACAAUGGAGAAAGGAGUUGUGGUAGAACUAAUUAGAGGGUCGAAUAAUUGGGCCAAAGUGGUGGAAGAGAUCGUGAAGCUGGAGAAGAAAACGUUCCCUAAACACGAAUCUCUCGCUCAAACUUUCGACGAAGAGCUACGCAAGAGAAACGCCGGUUUGCUCUACGUCGAUGCCGACGGAGAAAUUGUGGGAUAUGCCAUGUAUUCUUGGCCAUCUUCGCUUUCCGCUUCCAUCACUAAGCUCGCAGUGAAGGAGAAUCGCAGGAGACAAGGCCAUGGAGAAGCACUGUUGAGAGCUGCUAUCGAAAAAUGCAGAAGCAGAAAGGUGCAACGGGUUUCACUUCAUGUCGACCACACGAGAAUCGCUGCGGUGAAUCUGUACAAAAAACAUGGGUUCCAAGUAGACUGUCUGGUGAAAAGCUACUACUCAGCGGAUAGAGAUGCUUACAGAAUGUACCUAGAUUUUGCUGAUUCCAUUUAGCCAACAACAUUCAUUUGGGGGUUAUAAAUGUUUUCCACAUCUUUGAUGGUGAAGUAAUUGCCUUGUACACACACACUCAUUGAUUACCCUCUAUAUAUAAUAUAUAUAUUUACCGA